AUGCUUCACUUUACAAACCCUCUUUUAAAAAACACCGUCAGACGCCCAUUUGACGGCACCAGGAGGAAACUGGUGCUCCAGUACCUGAAAGCUCUGAGGACGCUGCAGAGUGACGGCUUUAAGACCGUGUAUUUUGGGGAAACCGAUAUCCCAGAAAGCCUAGUCACCGGUGAGGAUUUCAGUGACGGCUACUUCAUGCAAACGCCAACCUGGUGUGUUGUGCACGCCGGGGGUAGCCACGGCUGGGUUCCUUGGAAAUACCGGAUGUUCCUGAGAGACGAGCUGUGCGUCAGGCAGGAAAAUGGUGUCUUCUUGGAGUUCUGUGAUGUGACGAAGAAGGCCUAUGGGAAGUGUGCCAUCGUGGUCAAAGAGAGGCGGCAGCAGGAUGAGAUGAGGCCAAAGGGAAGCCGAGAAGCAGAGGCUGAGGCCGACGUGCCAAAAGCCAUCCGCUUAACAAGCCUUGUCUGUUGCCCGGAAGUGGCCAAGUCCUACGGCCACGAACUGCUCUCCCUGCCUGCACCUUACAACUACCUGAACCCUUUGGACUCUGCCUGGUCUUCUCUGAAAUGGUUCAUCAUCAACAACAGGAAGGAGUUUUGCCUUGAGUCCAACGACAAUGUCUAUUCAUACCAGUAUAUCCUUUUCAGUGAUUUGGUUAGCAAAGGGAUUGAAAGGAUGAAUCCAAGCAAAUGGAAAACGCUAACGAACAAAGUCAGAAGAUGGGAAAACUACUAUCUCGGGAAAUUUUCCUAA